UUGAGAACUACUGCUCUAAACCAUAAGAAAACAAAGAGCAAAGAAAUAAUAACAUCAACACAAAGCACUUUGUACACUGUUGAAAAACUUUCCUGUAAAUCAACAGGUUGUUUUAAGUCCUGCAAAUUUUUGACAAAGAACAACAAGACAAUUUAAAUGUAUUUCAUCAUUCUGACCCAGAGAAGGAUAGAACCUGCAGCCUGGAGCUCCAGUCGUCACGACACAGAAUUCAAUUAAAAAUAUAUUUAAUAAUAAUGAAACUGAGCAGCAGAUGCAGCAGUUUGGACUCAUCAUCACAUCUUCUUUUACCUCUUCGGCCUGUAUUCGACUUUUGACAGUUUUACCUGUAUCAUACCCAGAUUUAGCAUCAAACAUCAGCAUGCAACAUCAGACUGCCAGGCUUCUCUUCCUCCUCCUCCUCCUCCUCCUCCUCCAUCCUCUGACAUCAGCUGACCUGGAGGAAGCAGAUAAAGUGUCGGUGGAGGUCAUUGUUGACAGCUCCCCCUGCAGCACCACCUGUGGGCUGGGCGUCAGAACUCAAACCCUGUGUUCACUGAAAGAUGGCAAUACAGCCAUUGAAGAAGAAGCUGUCAGAAGAAAAGAUGGAAAAGAGGUGUCGGAGGAGUGUCGUGUCCGUAAGGUGAAGUGUCUGGAGUCGUGGCAGUGUGGACUCAGGACCAUGACUGUGACUGCAGGACAGAGAGUGGACAUGGACUGUCUGGGAGAAGUCAUGCAGGCGAUGGGGAGGUUCUCCUGGAGGGUGUCGUGGCGUUACGCUCGAGGAAUAAUCAGCUCUGACGACUCCCUGUUCACUCGCUGUGCUGCUCCUCUGUUGGACCGAGUGGUGCUGGACCCCGUCAGCGAGGAGGAUGCAGGUACUUAUCGCUGUGUCGUGCAGGAUGCCUCUUUCCGCAGGGUGAAGAGGGUCUACUGGGGGAUACGGGUUCUACCUGUCAGGGUGCUGAAUCUGGACUAUGAAGGCUCUCUGGCCCAGUGGGACUCCACUGGAAACCAGCACAACCUGACCGUGACAGACCAGCAGGACUACAGCACGGCUCUGACUUACACAGUGCUGAUCAGUCUGGGCCUGUCAGCUGUCACAUCUGGACUGAUGCUGCUGGGCCUCUACUGGACGGUGAAGAGGAGAGAGCAUCGACAUCACUUUGACAGAUGCUGCUGUGUUUAGUUACGCCAAGCGGUUUAUUUUUUGGCAAUGUUUUAAAAGUAGAAUAAACUGAUUUUCACACGCC